UUUUGUUCAGUUCGAGGUUCAACUGUGGAAAAGAUAGAUCCUAGCAAUAAUUUCUCAAGAUGAAGGUUCUUUUUCUGAUCUGUGCUUGCGUUGCAGUCUUACAGCUAACGACAGCUCGCAAGGCCAACAGUCAACUUGAUUGCCGGCCUAAUGAAACCUACACGACCUGUGGCCCGUGCAAUGAGCGAGUGUGUGGCGUUCCCUUUGAACCAAUCUAUUGCCUGAUGUGCCCCAAAGGAUGUUUCUGCAAUAAGGGCUACGUUCGUAAAGUUCCCAACGGUGCCUGCAUUAAACCGACCUGGUGCUGAAUA